CAUUCACCUCCUCCCCACCACUGGAACAAUACAAGUCUCUCUUCUUCUUCUCCUACUCCUUCUUCUUCUUCGUAUUCUUCUUCUUCAUCUUCUUCUUCAUCCCCUCUUCUCGGAACUUGCUUUUGACUCGCAAGUCUUGGUUUUCGUUUUUCGAUGCUUCAGAGUUGAAAGAGACAGUGCUGGCGGCUGGAUGGAGUGAGAGAAGCAAAUUCAACAGAGAAUAGACAGGCCGAGCAGUGAGCAGAACACUGACAUUCCUCAGUCCACGAGUACCGACUCUAGGAGAAGAACAGUCAGUUGUCAGUAGUUGACAGUAGUUGGUGAAGGCAGCUGCUGUGCUGGUUCUCCAUCAUAAUGGAAAGAAAAGCUUACUUGCUUUUCGCAUUGCUGGCGUGCUUUCUUUUAAUUGAUGUCACAUCUUCUGAAAAAAUUCACAAAAGAAAGAAGUACCAUCACAGGCACCACAAAACCUCUCCACCUCCCGAUUUGCUGGAUGACUUGCCUGAUGAAUUUCUGUCCAAUAAAGAAUCAGAAGAGACACAUGGAGACCUUAUAAAGGAUAAUAACGUUCCACUCUACGAUGCCUGUUUCAACAAAAAAUGUCCGGCUGGACAAAUUUGUGAAAUUGGAGAUGAUGAGAAGGCGAAGUGUGUCUGCAUUCCAAACUGCCCUGUAGAGCGAGACUCACGUAGAAAGGUAUGCACCAACCACAACGAGACAUGGGGAUCUGACUGCGAGGUACACCAGAUGAGAUGCAGAUGUGACCACAAUAUGCCUGAAUGCAAAGACAGGGAAUUGUCCCAUGUGCAUAUUGUCUACUACGGCGAGUGUAGGGACAUGCCAGUAUGCAAGCCUGAAGAGAUGGCCGACUUCCCGCGACGCAUGCGCGAUUGGCUGUUCAACGUGAUGAGGGAUUUGGCCGACAGACAGGAGCUGACCCCUCACUACAUGAAGAUGGAGCAGGAGGCAGAAACCAACCUGACACGGCGCUGGUCCAACGCUGCCGUCUGGAAGUGGUGCGAUCUCGAUGGAAACACUGAUAGGUAGGCCUUCACCCCUUCAUCAUCUCAUCAACUUCAUUGGAACGGUCAUAGCCAAGCAUGCUUUGGUUGUUAGCAGCACAUAUGUCAAACUUAAGCUGCGUUCACACCAAAGUUAUUAUCAAAAUGGAUAUAAUCCUUAUUCUAUUAGAUCAGUG